AAAUUACUUUUUCUUCUAUAAAACAACAAACGAAUAAAAAAAUCGUACGAUAUUUUUUCACCAAAUAGGUGUCGCUUGGUAGUAGAAUGACUAAGAGAAAAAAAACUUUAAACAGUAGUACUGCAAAUUAUCCAUUAAUUGCUGCAUAAAACAAAAGAAAGAGCUGCCGGAUUAUCAAUUAGCACCGGCAGUGACUCUUUGAUUACGUAAGUCUGGCGCGUGGCUUAAUAUCAUUUGAUUACUGAACGCGCGAGUAAGCACCUUUUGAUCCGAUACAAGGAUCUAGUUUUUUAUAUACACUGCUCAGCGAAAGCACUCAAAUUGCAACUCUUGUUGCGGUGGUUUUUUCAUUAGGUCAUUGAAUCAAUGAUCUGAUCUAAGUGUAUCAACAAUCUGAUCUAGGACCUAUAUAGACAUAGCAAACCUUCUGUUAAAUUGAGAUUAAAAAGCAGCUCAUUUCCACUAUCUUUAAGAAACCCUUCAGCACUUAAAUGCCAGGAAGUACAUACUUUAAAAUUACUUUGAUCAAAUCUCUGGAAUAAAGAUGAAAAUUUCUUCAGAAGGCUGGAAUACAUAAGAAAGCCUCUAAGUAAUGCCCUCAAAUACCAUAAAAAUUGCAUAAAAUGGUUAAAGUUAAGGUAAAGUUUAUAUAAUUACUUUAAAAGUCCAAUGACAUGAGAAUACCAGCAAUGAGAAAUGAGAGGCUUCAGUUACCUGAGAGGUAUUUAAAAUUACUUGAAAUUCUGAAAUAUAUUUGGAAAUGACUCCAAAGGCCUGGAAUAAAAUUAAUAUAUUCUUUUAGAAAAAUUCGUCAAAAUCAUAAAAAUAUUAAAUUUAAAUUUAAUUGCCUGGAAUAAAAUUGAAAAUUACUCAAAAAUUUUAAUAGAAAUUAUUUUAAAUAAAUGCCAAGGAGAAAUUUAGAGUUUAUUCAAUUGCCUGGAAUAAUAAAGAAAUUAUUUUAAAAAACAUAGAUGGACCGCUGUGUCGUCCAAUAAGUUCUUUAAUUUUUUUCAGGUUUCGUGUCAUCGGAGUGUUUGAAUAAUUUAGAUAUAAGUGCAUAAAUAACAAACUGUUACUUAUAUAUAAUAAUAAAUAAAUUAUUUAGCAGUAGCUGAAAGCAGAACUGGGAAGCCAAAAAAAUGUUUUUCAUAAUUAAAUACUUACAAGAACUUCAAAUAUGUAUUUAAAAUAAUUUUAAUUGCCUCGAAUGAAUUGUAAUGAAAUGCCUGAAAUAAAAUUGAAUAUUAUCUUAAAAUAAAGAACCUGCACUGGAUAUAAUGUACAUACCAGUUAGGCAAAAAAAAUCGAAUAUGUACCUGGAAUUAUUGAGCAGUAAAUUUAUAUUGAAAUUUUGGAACAUUAUUGGUUUCUCGUAUAGAGAACCUCUUAUAAACGCCCUGUAUAACUAUAUAAAGUGAUAUGUCUAUAUACAAAAACAUCAUGUCAUGCAAUACUAUCAAUAUAAACUGCUAGUUAGCAUGUUCUACCAUGAAACUUGAGGUUAUUUCUUUUUUGUUCAAUUUCUAUGAAUGGUUUGUUUCUUUUUAUUGAAUGAGCGUGUAAUUUGAAGGCAGGAACUAGGAAGAAUUGCAAACUGAGCGUUCUGCUGAAACAAAGAUAAUGGCUUUCUGCGAAACUUAACGUGUAGCCGAAGGUUAAGUUAUUUUUUAAUCUGGUGGUUUGUUUUGUCUGGCAGGUAAAAAAUACGAGGGCCAACACUUUAAUUACUCACAUGGAAAAAAUGUUUGGCACAAUAGGCACAUGAGAUUAAAAACGGGUCAAUGAUCGUUAGAGCCCUACCCUACGUUAGAAUCGUCACGUUUCUUCAUUGAGGCAUAUAAUCCGAAUUUCGUUUCGAUCGAUCUAGUUGAUUAAAAUUUAAUUUAUGCUUAUAUGCGUGGGACAGGCUGAUGAUUAAAAUUUGACAUCAUAACAUCAUUAGCAGCUACAAAAUGUUAAUUUUAAUAUGCAGAUGAUACCUUCCUAAAGUGAAACAUAAUAAUAAAUACUAUCUAUAGAAUUUUUUUAACAUAAUUUGUAUUAGAAAUUAAUAAAGGUAAAAGGAUCUGAAUCUAAGAUGAUUGAUGAUAAUUAUAAAUCAGACGAGAGUAUUACAGAAUAAUAAAUCAAAUUAUGUGAGAAAAUUAAAAAUUCUUCUUGCUCACCACUGCACUAAAACCUAGAUAUCUUCAGAAUGGUUAUGUGAACUACCCUAAACCCUUUAUAAUAUUUAUAGAAAAUACUUUAGUGAACAAUAAACACUAUCUAUAGUAUUUUUUUUACCAUAAUUUGCAUUAGAAAUUAAUAAAGGUAAAAGGAUCUGAAUCUAAGAUGAUUGAUGAUGAUAAUAAAUCAGACGAGAGUAUCAUAGAAUAAUAAGCCAAAUUAUGUGAGAAAAUUAUGAUAUUAUAUAAGGAAUCAAAACUCUCUUUUAUAGAUGAGGGAAAGAGUAUUGAGGGAUUGGAAUUAAAAACUCCCUAUAGUUGGAGUUAUAUAAAUCAAUGCAACCUACAAAAUCAAUACACUUUCUUCAUAUCCUGCUUACCCUUCUGCGACCUCUAGGGUGGAAAGGGUUAUAACAGACUUGAUGGAGCGCCACCUGAACUUUUUACAUUUCAUCCAUGAUUUCUUCCCUUAUAGAUUAAACCAUCUAACAGUGGAGCAUGUGUGCUGUAAAGACUUGUAAGAAAAAUGUUACUCCACCUCUAAAAAAUAUUCAAAUAGCCACAAUGACAUAACCUUGAUAAAGGUAAACAGAAAAAUAAUCAAUUCUGCCUGCGUCAUACUUCUAAUCAUGUACCCUAAUUUAACCUAGUAUUAGCCUAGUUUCCUAGCCCCUAAUUAUUUCCACUUUCCACAAAAUAUGCCUAUUUAGUAGUAGCUUGUUUCCAUUUUCUUGCAUUACAUUAAAAAUACCAUGGAGAGCAAUUCACUAGACGAAACAGCAAGUAGGUCAAGCAGAGAUAACAGCUUACAUUUAGGUACAUCCUUAACUAGCCUUAAAAGUACAAAAAGUCUAGAGAAGUCCAGCUCAGGGGGUAGUUUGAAGAAAGAGAAAGCGUCAAUACAGUUUAAGGAACUCCCGCAGGAUAUCAUCGACAAUCAACGAUACCCCAGUGACGCGUCGCUUAAAGUGCCUAAUAAAAUAAUUGCUAACUGGAAGUCAGCGUGUGACAAGACCAAAGAUAAAACCAAAGAUUUACUAAAGAGGUGGCGAACAUUACCGGAAACGGAAGCCGAUCAAAAUAAGAGAAGUGAGGAGGAAGAUGAGAAAAAGGAACAUGAGAGUAGCUGGAGUGUUCACGUGUGGACAACGUGGGUAGACAGAUUCAGCAUAGAUUCGGCAGAAGAUCAAACCCAAGAUGUGUACGUUCUAACUCCGAUCCAGAAAAGUAAAUUUUCGCACUUUUUCGUUAGCCUCUUGGACCACGAUCAAGACAAUUUAAUUUGCGAACAAGAUUUUGAGUCACUGAUAGAGAGGUUAAGGCAUUUUGCAGACUGGUCUCAGAACUCUACAGAGUAUAAUAUUCUAAGGGAAGUGGAGAGGGGCUUUAUUUCGACGUUUUUGGCAGACAUUUCAGAUGAUAAAUUUGGAUUCGAGCUAAACAACAUAAUUUAUAUCAAUAAAGAAGGAUGGCUAAGGAAAUGGGCAGAACUACUUAAAGACUCAACAAAUCUAACAGAUUUUCCUAUAUGGCUUCAGUUUUUUGUAAAAGUACUUUUUCAAGUCAUUAACAGAGGAGGUACAGGCAUUAUCACUAGGGAUGAACUGAGCAACUUCUACUCAUCAGUUCUUUGCUUGGAUACAACAAAAGUUGGUGAAAUACUUGAUACAUCUUACCACGCCAUGACUUCCAGUGGAGAUCAUCCUCUUCAUUACAGAGCAUUUAGGCUGUGUUUUUCUAACUACCUACUAGGAAGAUACCCUAAUGGGUCAGGUCAUCAUAUUUUAGGUGCUCCACCUCAUGAAAAAUCCUCUGCGCUUUUUCCGGUCGAUUAUUCGGCAUUAAAUGCCCAACCGGAAGAUCUGGAACAAUAUUCCCACGAUCAAAAGUCAAAUAGGCGAAGCGUAAUUGUGUAAAAAUCCGGAAAAUUAUUAUAAUAUUUAAAUAUGUCAUAAAAGCUCAGCAAAGGGUUCUUUCAGGAUUUAAAACUAAUGCCGAUCAAGGUGUUCAAUAAGACUGCUUUAUAUAAAUUGCCAUAUUUAUAAAUUUUUGUAUAGGUACGUUGCAUAUUUGUUUCGUUUCAGCUUUAGAACUAAAGAACAUCCUAAUUAAGCAACCAAUUUUAGUAUCUAAAUCAAUUUAUUGGCCUUAAAAAGCAGACCUUAAGAGACCAAUAAACUUAUUUAAGUGUUUUGAGUCAAAAUUAUUAUUGAGUAGUUUGCAUAUCUUAGGAGUAAUUAGGAUAUAAUAGCAAUAAUAUCAGAUGAUGUGAUUAUAAUGGUUGCACUAAGACUAUUUUAUUUAUAGCGAAAGAAAGACAAUUGUACUUUUAAACAAUAAUAAUACUAGCCUUUUUAGAUUAAGAAUUAAUGUUGUGUAUAUACACUUUAAGAAAUUUUAUAAAUGUUGAACUUAACACAAUAAUUAUUAGGCUUACUAUUUCUUUACACAAGUGCACCUUCUUAAAAAGAAAUUCUAAAUACUAUGUGAUAUUUAAAGAGCCUAUGCCUUUUUUUAUUAAGGAUUGUAUGCAUUUACAAUUUAAACGAAAAAGUAGGUAAUGAUGUAAUUGUAAAUGUUGGCAAAUUCCGUUUAUUUUUUGCAUGCUAUAGUGCAAAAUUAAUGCUAUAAAACUUUGCCAUUUUAUUUUUAUCAUUAGGGUAAUGAUUUUACUCAAACCACUUUUGUGACAAUUAAAGAUUUUAUAUAAAAUUAUCCUACUAAAUAAGGUUUAUAUCUGCCCGCAUAGCUACUAUAUAUUAGCUGCAUAAAACAUUUCACAUUAAGAGCCCAACGCACAAUAGAAAUGAAUUCAUGUAACAAAUUCAAACAGUCCAUCCUAAUUGUCUUUUUGCUCAAGCCUAAUUUUUUUUAAACAGGUCUGCUGAUUUGGAACAUGUAUUCUUUGCGUUGGAUUCUGUAAAUCCUUUUCAAAUACCUAAAAGGUUUACAUGUAAGGCAGAAGGAAUUGUUAUAUUUAAAACACAUGAGAUUUUUGUAUAUAAUAUAAGUAUAUAUUUUGACUAUGUUAUGUUCGCUUUUAUAUUGGCAAGAGCUAAGAGGAGAGAGGCACAGUAGACAUGUUAGAGCCAUUAUAUUAGCAAUAAAAGGGCAAAUUCAC